GUUUUCACUUGUUCUGUGUGUUUAUCUUCUUCUCUUCUUCUUCUUCUUCUUCUUCGACCCGACGAAAUACACAUCCGACGGGAAUAUAGAGUCCCUGCAACAUCAAGCACUGAAGGAUUUUCUCAUCUGUCUCGAAUAUCUGCGGAGAGAGAAUUGAAUUCUGAAAUCCAUCGAGAAGACAACUGUUGGGAGAGAUGAGUUCGUCUCUGCCUCUAAGGCUCCUUUUGCCUCUUUCAACACCUCUGGUUUCUCCUUCUCCAGAUUCCCAUGCUCCUUCGCCGCUCAGAUCGCAAAACCCUAAUUUCAAUCGCCGAUCCUCUUCCUCUUCUACUACCUCGUGUUCUUCCCAGUGGCAGCUUUUCCCUGCGCCAAUACGGCGAUCCAGAUCCUAUUCUCCGUGUAUUCCCAUGUGCUUUCCUGAACACACGAGAGACCAAGACAACACAGAUAUCUGGAGAAGUAACGAUGACCAGAUUACAUGUGGGCUUGACUCGGAUGAAGAUUCAGGGCUCCGGAUUCCAACUCAGGCUCAGGCUAUCGUUGAAGGAUCUGGUUCAGUUGCAGUUUCAGAGCUAAAACCCGCCGCUGAUGUAGAUUACAUACAAGAGCUAUUGGCGAUACAGCAACAAGGGCCUAGAUCAAUUGGCUUCUUUGGGACAAGGAAUAUGGGUUUUAUGCAUCAAGAACUGAUCGAGAUACUUAGCUACGCCAUGGUUAUUACAAAAAAUCAUAUAUAUACUUCAGGGGCAUCUGGAACUAAUGCGGCGGUUAUCAGAGGUGCACUGAGAGCAGAGAGACCAGAGCUUCUUACAGUAAUUUUACCACAAAGUUUGAAAAAACAGCCUCCUGAAAGCCAAGAACUGUUGUCUAAAGUACAAAACGUGGUAGAAAAGCCUCACAAUGACCAUCUGCCAUUAUUAGAAGCCAGCAGGCUCUGUAAUAUGGACAUAAUAUCACAAGUACAACAAGUAAUCUGCUUUGCGUUUCACGACAGUAAGCUUCUCAUGGAGACAUGUCAAGAGGCUAAAAAUCUCCGCAAGAUCGUCACUCUCUUCUACCUCGAUUGAUUCCACUGUUACUCUUCUUCAGGGUACAGAGAAGAUAUAAGUGUACAUUAUGAAUCUUCACCAAAAACAUACACAACAUAUUAUUCUUUUGUCUAAAUUUUGAAAAACUCAUCGUUAUGAUUUUAUAGGAUUUUUCUCAACUAUUUUGUAACAUCACAUCGGUUCUAAAAAAUUUCUUUGCAUCUCA